AUGAGCGGUACUUCAUUUCGAGACUCCCUCAUCGUGAUUCUUGACACUGGUCGCUCGUCCAUACGCGCCGGCCUCGGUCUUCACGACCUCCUUAAGCCGCCCUCUAUUGAAAUCUUGGCUCGUGUCGGGCUACCGAAGAGUCUGGGCACUUCUUCUAUCGACGAGAGCGCCCCGGAUGUAGAUACACAGGAGGGCUCCUCGACCUCCAAACCACGGUCUCCGCCCUCUGUUCAGAACGCCAAGACUACGGAUUAUCUGGUAGGAACGCAGCUAGAUGAUGCCCUGGCGGCUGGUCAAGAUCUAGCCAUUUAUUGGCCAUUCGCCACCGGAGACAUCAGCGACUGGGUGCAAGCCGAAGCCCUCUGGAAGUACUGCCUCUUUACCGCGCUUCACCUCCGCCGCUUGCAGAUGGAGUCGCCCGUCCUGCUCACGCUGCCGUCCGGCUUCUCGCGCGACGCGUACGAGCGCGUCUGCCAGCUCUUUUUCGAGCGGCUCAACGUAGCCGCCUUCGGAGUGCUUGAACGGCCGACCGCACAGUUCUACGCCGCGCUGACCGCCUCGAGCCAGCUCAGUGGUGUCAUUGUGGAUGUUGACCUCGAGUGGACGGACAUUACGCCCAUCUAUGACGGCUUCGUGCUUGGCGGUGCACGCACGAGCGUCAAUGUUGGGAUGGACGACUGCAAGAGGUACCUCGCAGGCCUGCUGCGCAGCAACCAGACCGUGAUGGCCGCGCUCGCAGAACCGGGUGAGGGCGCGCCACCGCCUCCGGCAGACGACGUGGCGCAACAAGCGGCCCUCGAGGAAUUUGCCCUGCAGCUGUGGGCGGAGGACCACAUCAAGGUAUUGACAGAGGGUGAGGCGGGCGCGGCACGUGAAGCGGUCGAGCUCGACGCGAAUGGCGAUAUCAACAUCGCUGCGAUCGUCGUCGCGGGGAGAGAAAAGGCCGUUAUUGAAAGCGGGAUGCGCAAGAAAGCCGCGCGAGGGAACGCCGCGGAGCAGGCCAAGGCGCGAGAAAUUGAGGCCAAGGAUUUGGUGGAAGUGCAGUGGCGGGGGAAGACGGUGACGGUGGGCAAGGAGCGGCACCGAUUCUGUGAACCCCUCUUUGACUUGGCGGCACGCGGAAGGAAAGGAAAGGGCAAGGCGAAGUUACCGGACUUGCCCUUGCAAGUGGCGCUGGGGGAGGCGGUCAGCCGGGCGGAGGUCGACCAGCGGUCAUAUAUGUGGCAAGGGUUGUUUGUGACCGGGGAGAUCACCAAGCAUGUCAGGGGUCUCGGAGCUGCGUUGCAGACCCGCCUCAAUGCCUACAUGGUGUUCAGCGCUGAUCAGUUGAAUGAGGUACAACCCCGAGUGAUUCGUACACUCAAGAUCCCAGAGUACUUUGCAGAAUACAGAGAAAAGGGAGACGGCCUAGCGUCGUUCUUGGGUGCGAGCAUUGUUGCGAAGAUUGCAUUCAAUGAUUCUGCAGGAAAGAACUUCGUGUCAAAAACCGACUAUGCCAGUCAAGGCCCACGAGCUGUCCUGGGAAUGUCGCCCUCGCUUCUCUGA